GUUAGUGAUAUGAAUACAGUGGUUCUCGAAUUACUGGAAAGUCCCCUGAUAGCAUUUUUAAUGGUCAAUGAACAAAGAUCCUUUGUAGACGACUUAGCAUUUCCUAGGGGUUGUAAGUUUUCGAGUUGACUUAGUUCAACGAGAAAUUGAGACUUAUCCUGGUGAAUGGUAUUGA